GCCAAAACAUUGCAGUUUAAAGAGUUUAUUUGCUUCAAAUGUACAAUUAUAUUUGAACAUGUUGGAGUUAAUUAAAGCGUAAUUUGAAUAUUGACCGUUAAAGACAACUGAAAGCCAGAGUGUUUGCUGUUUCUGACGUUAGCAUAAGCUAAAGAACACUGGCGUCCCCCUUGAAGAGUCAGGAUGGAGCCUCGCCAUGGGAUUGUGAAAGCCUUUCCCAAAGUUAAAAGAGCUAAAGUUUUACAUGGAAAAGAUGCACCCCCAGCAAAGAAGACACACGAUGAAUGUGAAGUCACAGGAAGCACUUUCAGUGGGGUCACAGUAUACAUCCUGCCUGCUGGAAUAGGAAAUGCCAGGUACCAGAUCUUUCAACGACAGAUUCAGCAGAAUGGAGGACAGACGGAGAGUUCACUGUGUCCCAGUGUCACUCAUGUUGUUGUAGAUGACCACAUGGACAUAGACAGGGCUCUGCGCCUACUGAAACUUGAUUGUGUGCCCCCUGGAGUCCAACUGGUGAAAUGCGCUUGGUUGAGCCUGUGCAUCAGUGACAGACAACUGCUCGAUGUUACUGAAUACAGCCUUCUUUCACCUAAGAGGGAAUCUGAAAUAACGCAUAGUAAUAAUUGGCAGGAGUUGCCAAAUGUCUCGCCUGCUGCUGAAGCUACUGUAGAAUCAGUGUCUGAUCAAACCAAGAAAGAAGAGGCCAUAGACAUGACGGUCCCAGACACCAAAGAGGAAGUACAAGGAGAGGAAGACAGGGUCUCUCAGAAUGACCUGGAAGCUCUCAUCACCGGCCAGCAUCCCAAAGAUGAGACUUCUGGCUCCAGCCCCGACCCAGUUUCAGACUCUUCUGCUCCAAAGGUGGUCUCAGGGAAGUGGGUCUGUGCCAGGUCCUCUGAGUCCAAAACCAAUAACUUCAACAAACACAUCACAGACAAACUAGAAGUGCUGGCCAAGGCCUACACACACCAGGGGGACAAGUGGCGGGCACUGAGCUACUCUAAGGCUGUCAACGCCCUGAAGAGUUACCACAAGCCUGUUACAUCGCACCAGGAGGCUUGUCAGAUCCCAGGAAUUGGAAAACGCAUGGCAGACAAAAUUGAUGAGAUCAUGGAGAGCGGUCACCUGCGGAAGCUAGAUCACAUCGGGGAGGCUGUACCAGUUUUGGAGCUUUUUACUAACAUAUGGGGUGCUGGAACUAAGACUGCACAGUUGUGGUACCAACAGGGAUAUCGCACAUUGGAAGACAUCCGUACAAAGGUCCACCUAAGCAAUACUCAGAAAAUAGGACUCAAGCACUACGAUGACUUUCUGGACCGAAUGCCCAGAGAAGAAGCAGCAGCCAUAGAGACAGUGGUGAGGGAUGCCGUCCAAGCCAUAGACUCGCACUUGGUAGCGAUAGCAUGUGGCUCCUACCGUCGUGGAAAGGCCACAUGUGGAGAUGUUGACGUGCUUAUAUCUCAUCCUGAUGGCAAGUCCCACAAGGGCAUUUUCAGCAAAGUGUUACAAAUCCUCCAUGACAGUGGUUUUUUGACAGAUGACCUGGUGAGCCAUGAGGAGAAUGGAGAGCAGAAGAAAUACAUGGGUGUGUGCCGUUUACCAGGACCCGGGCACCGCCAUCGCAGGCUGGACAUCAUAGUGGUGCCAUACAAUGAGUUUGCUUGCGCACUCAUGUAUUUCACCGGGUCGGCACACUUCAACCGCUCAAUGAGAGCCCUGGCAAAAACAAGAAACAUGAGCUUAUCAGAGCACUCUCUGAAUGAAAAUGUGGUGCGUCAGGGUAGCUUGAAGGUGUAUGGUGGCACUCCACUUGCAACACCGACAGAGAAGGAUGUUUUUAGUUUGUUAGGCAUACCAUAUCGAAAGCCUCAUGAAAGAGACUGGUGAUUUACCAGUCACUAAGUCAAUGAGGAUGCCCUGUCUGGUUUUAUUGCAAAAUCCUUAAGAAAAUGAUGGUGACAAUAGAAACUGUAAUUAUGUUAAAUUAACUGAUCAUGUAAGAGCCCGAUUAGACUUGAAUGUUAAUUUUAUUCCACAGAUUAAAGGGUUUGUUCAAGUAUCUCGCAAAUCUCACAAACAACAUAUUUUAAUUAUAUUAUAUAUAUUUCAAUUAUAUCAGCCCAUCCAGACGAAGUCUUAUGUGCUCAGGUUUUGAGACGUCCUAAUGAAAUGUCUGCCUGCAAUACAAUGCAAUGAAGGGAAUUUUGUUGGGAGGCCUAGUGCCUUUCAAUUUACAUUAAUUUUAGGGACAGUUUCUUUAGCAGAAGGUAGUUGAAUUACACUGAAUAACAAUAUAAAAAGAUAAACUUCUGUUAAAUGUUGAUUAGUUAAACUUGAACUUUGUUAAACUUAACAGCCAAUUCCAAUUUGCGAAAUACCCAUUAUACAAGACUGCCGGCAAAACAAACAAACAAAAAAAAAUCAUUGGCAAACAUCUCAAAACUUAAAUUAUCUACAGGGCAGGAUAACAACAGAGGAAUGGGAAAAAAAAUGUUAUUUUAGAAAUUAGGUGACCGAGCCCUUUAAAAUCUGUUCAUAUAGAAGAUGUUUGACACUAUAUUGUAUAAAAGAGAAGUAAUUAUAAUAAAACAUACUAAAGGGAGGGUAAUAGCA